ACGCAUGAUCAAGAAAAUAGUUGUUGACGACGGUAAACUUUAUCUUGUCUAUUUUAUUGAUCGAGAUGCUGUUGCUGAUGACAACGGAAUAGUUGUGACAUCAUGAGCUUUGGGUAAGCGGAGAAGUGUACUCCACAAUCAUAGUUCCAGUCGUGUCAAGUCUGUUGCUUUCAAGUCAGGUCGGCCAUGAGGUUCGAGGUGGGCGGCGAGGGAGGGAAACCAGCUAUAUUCUGGGAUCAGGGCAAGAAGCCCCAGAAUACCAGAAAGUUUGGCUACAAGAACAAAGAACUGCGCCACCCAAUAAGAUCCCAACCGAAUGAUGGUGGCCCACUUGAAGAAGAUGUGUUUGUGUAUCGUCAUGACAGCAACACCACGUCUCAGCCAGACAAGGUCAUGGUCGCUGCGGACAAGAAGCCGCAGAAUCCAGUCCGACCCGAAAAGGAUUUUAUUCGACGGAACCGGGAACGUUAUGCAGAAAAGAAGAAGAGACAGGCAGAUGCUGUGAAGACCGAACACCCAAUGGCAAACACUGUCACUCUAACCCAGGACCAGCUGAAUGCCAUCCUGGCCUCUGUUGGCAAGAUGGCCUCGGGCAAGGAGAAUGCACUGAGGAUUAGCAUCGAUAAGGAGAGCAAUGAGAUCUCCAUCGCUGAUGCUGAUGCGGAGAAGACUGACCAACAAAAGGCAUCUCCUCGAGAUGAUGACAAGGAGAAGAAGGACGGAGCGGAGGAAGAAGCCACCAUCUUCUCUCUGCUCAAUGCCUCCAAAAAAGGGUCUGAUAACGGGCAAGUAACAAGUCGCAAACUGAGAGUGGGGCAUGUGUCUCCUAGAAGGAGAGAUGGUAGACGCCAACACAGGAGACGGGAGGAUGAUGUUUCGGAGUCAGUGUUAUCUGUCAAAGAGAAAGGCCGAGAAAGUCGGAGGGGAAAAUUGAAAAAGUCGGACAAGUCACAGGCCUCUGACAAGAAGGUUGUUGAGUCUGUCAAGUCCGAGUUGGGGGAGUCACAGGAAAAGGAGAAGUCGGAUGUCACCAAGUCAGAUGAAGCCAAGGGAGAUAAUCAGGAGGCAAAGGGAGGUAAUCAGGAAAACAAGCAGGAAGGUGGAGAUCAUGUGCUGUUCUACGAGAGUCCUCGGGUACCAUGGAAACACAUGACGGUUGCGGAGAGGAAGAGGCUUCAGUGGGCUCGGGAGAGAGCUGAGCUGGAGCAGAACUAUGAUCCCUGGGGCCGACCUGGAGCAGGUGCCCCCCUCCGGACCAGUGGAGGAGACGUGCUGGCUGACUUCAAUACAAGAAAGGACGACUUGAACAAGUCUGUGGAGAAUCUGCCAGACAAGAAGCAGACAGCAGCAGCAGACACAAAGCAGACCAGAACUGCAGACACAAAGCAGACCGCGACUGCCGACUCAAGCAGAGUGACAGAUAAGGUGGGGGGGCAGGACAGACGUGCGCUGCACUCUAUUCUGGAGGGCAAGGUAGUCGUGGCAGGUUUUGUCAUUGAUGAGGACAAGAUUGUGACUGCCAAGCAGAGAGAAAAGAAGCAGUGGUUGGAGGAACUUGAGAGACAGAGAGAAGAGCAGCGGGUGAAGAAACAGAAGAGCAAGGAGCGAGACAAGACGGGCCUGGAUGACACGUGGGCUGAUAGGUUCGGCUCGUACAAACCAGCCCCCCUGCCAGAACAGGACUCUGUCGUGCUCGUCAUCGACAAGAGGUCAUCCCAUCAAGAAUCUUCCAGUGCUCCUGACUUUGCUGACUCACAACAUGCUGCUGUAAGGAGCUCAUUCAAAGUCGGCCAUGCUGCACCAAGUGAUGAAAAAAUCCUUAAAGAUAAACAGCAGGAAAAGCGCAGGUGGCUGGAAGAUUUAGAAAAGCAAAUGGAGGAGAACAAAGCGAGGAAGAUGCGUGACAAGGAGCGGGAUGUCGAAGGUGACACGUGGGCGGACCGCUUCACCCAGAACGUCAACCAAUCAGCACUGGACUACACGGAACGAGGCAGUGACCGGCAGGACCAUGCAGUUCGAGUCACUGACCUGCCAGACAACGCCGGACGGGUCAGCAGUGCCCCACAGGUCUCUGCCAGGGAUGAUGGCGACAUGACUCAUUUGCGAGGUCAGAACGUCAUGGUUGACCCCAUCACACGCAAGGAGCUGGAACUCAAGAAACAGAAAUACAUGCAUCACCAGGAUGCACUACGUUCACAGAUCGAGGAGAAGGAGCGCCUGAAGCGUGAGGAACGUCAGAGGAAGAUGCGAGAGGAGAUGGAGGAGGAGUGGAAGAUGAAGAACGAGAGGGACAACAUGCAGAGUCAGUUCAACACGGAGCAGCAGAAGAUACGCCAGAAGGAGGAGGCCCGACAGCGGCGCAUCAAUGAGCUAAAGAUGGCGAUGGACGAGGCUCAGGAGAAGGCUCAGCAGGAGAAGCUCAUUAAGAAGAUGGAGCACUUGCGUCAAGGGGGGCAUGAUGUCAGCCAUCUCCAGGCUCAUCUUGAUGAGCCGGACGCCAGACAGUCUGUGUUGUCUGACCUCAGUGACCCUGUGGUCAGCGCACGCUCACUUCCAGCCAUGACCCCUCAUGUCCACCAGGGGGAGCCAGUGCAUGUGCCCAGUCUAAACCUCACUUCAAGACAAAGCCAUGACUCAAGCAACAUAAAGUAUGGCCUUCCUGAAAUCUCAUCUCGCACCGUGGACUUGCCCCACCCUGUUGUGGGGAGUCACGACCCAUACAUGGAGAACAGAGUCCUCACUCCAAGUAGGUACCGGCAACCCAGUCAACCCCCGCGCCCUGAUCCCAGCUCCCCUAGGCGAGAGUUCGGGACACAGACUAUUGGGGAGGAUAGGAACGAGAAGAUUGGUGAGAGGAGGCGUGAAAUCAGUGAAGUAGGCAUUGAGUUUAAGGAGGAGAUGAUGAUAGAGCGACGAGCAGAAAGGACAAAGAAAGUGCGAGUGGUCAGUGCUGAAAAGGAAGUGAAAGCAGAACUGAAACGUGGGAGGCAGAAGGAAAGAGUUGCAAACGGCCGUCAAGGAGGGAAAUCCAAAUGGAACUACCAAAACCCUAAGCUUCGUAGGAAUGUCAAGCAGUCUGAGCGAGAUCCUUUCUACGAAAGAAAGCGACAGAGGAGUGAGGAGAGGAGGGCGAAGAGGGGAAAGGAGUUACUUGCCCUUGUUGAACUCAACAAACCCAUUAUUCCAGACCACGUCGGCAGUAACAGAUCGCGUGGUCCUUCGCCACAUAAAGACGGAUAUUCUCCUAGGAAUGUUUAUGAAGCAAAUUAUAGGUCUGUUUCGCCCGAUAGACAAAAUGUGAGACGACGGGAUAAUAAUAGUCUUUCCCCCAACAGGAGUCGGGAGAGGAUGAGAGGGGGACAGUCUCCUGUGGGGAGACGCUCACCCUCACCCCCCAUCCCCACCCUCAGGACUAAUGAAGUGUCAGGACUCUCCCCGCCUGUCCCUGCCCUCAGACACAAGCGCGAUGUUGGGAGGGGUGCCCAGGUUCUCCGUCUGGACAACGGUUAUGAUAACAGUUAUGACAAUGACCAGCAUAGUUACUCCAACUACAACCCUCCGGCCAGUGACAGGAAGUCCAAACAGGGCCACUAUCAUGACCGAAACCCUAUCGAGGCACCAGUGGAUGGGGGAGAUUUCGUACCCUUCACUCGGACAACUGAGAUCCUUGACCCGGCCAAAGCUGUUGAGCCCAUACACUUGUCGCGGGAGAACACAAAGGUAAAGAAGGGCCGGAAGGCGUACGUGGAAAACCACAAUCCAGGUAGCUAUGGCAACCGGCUGGAGAAUCUCCACGACAGGACCGACAAGAAUGAUCCCAUCCUGAACCCCGACCUGGUCAAAGGUCACCCAACAGCCAGGCAGGACAUGAUCCUGCAACAACUGUCCACUCUCAAGAAGAGCCUGAUGCAGAAACGCCGGGAGGUGGAGACGUGCAUGUCCCCGAGUGACCUGGAGCGGUGAGGAGGAGGCGGGAUGGAGGCAUCUAGUCAGACCAUCGUGGAUGGUACAAGUAUCAAACUGGGAGGAACUCCUCAACAUGUUUAUGAUAUUAAUAUAAAUAUAUAAUUUAUUUGUAUAUAGUACUAUUGUCAUUAUAUUGUACAGAUUAGCGUGAGAUGAAGUCAAUGUUUACAUAUAUGUGGAAUCCUUAUAUAUUUUUAUAUACACUCCCAAUACUAAGUAGCAAAGGUUGUUCUUACAAAUGCACUUUGAAAUAUUGAUGUUGGUCAUUGUGUAAACUACCCUCCUAAAGUGCUCUUCUGUGUUUAAAGUGCUUAAUUUCAUGAAAAUGGCAAGUUUAAUUUGAUUAUAAUCAUUUUUAAUGUGGCAGUGUGACAUUGGUUAGGCAUUUCCAUUGUUGUCACAUAACACAUGAUGUGAGAUUGCACCGAUUGCAUUGUGGUGUGGGAUACCUUGACAUUUGGUUAUCACUGAACUGACCCAGGACAUGUUUAACAUGGUACUUAGCAAGUUUAGGUGUUUUGGUAUGGACAGAUUUGAAAGUGAAAUCAAUAAAUGAGUGAAAACAGAUACUGUCACCUUUAUUAUACACAUAAAAAUUUCAGAAUGUUCAGAUUCUCUGCCCUGUGUUAUGAAAAUUUAGUUUAAAGAAAUAUAAAUAAGGGGUAGCAGAAUACUUUGUUAAACAGCCCAUGAAUAGUUUCAUGUUUUAAUCGUUGUGGGCCGCCAGGCUUACCUUCAGACAGAUGGCUACCCAGCAGAAGAUCGUUUUUGUGGACAAGUGAAAAUAUAAAGUUUUUUUCUAAUCCUGAUCAUGAAGGUAUCCAUUCAGAAAUCAUUUGCAAAACCUCGCUAGUCCCCAUCAAUACACUGGCGUGGUGACACUCUUGCCUUGUUUCAUCCCUGGGCCCUGAGUUGCAGGUGCUUGGAAUGGUCAGUUACUUACUGUGUAUCCCAAAACCUACAUUGCCUCGCUAGUCCCCAUCAAUACACUGGCGUGGUGACACUCUUGCCUUGUUUCAUGCAUGGAAUGGUCAGUUACUUACUGUGUAUCCCUGUACCUAUAUUGCCUGUAUUUACCAAGCACAGCUGUGAUAUAUUAAUUGGUAUGUCUAUUUACGUUAGAUCUGUCUCAAUCAUGGAAUGUGUUUGAUAUCAAAUAAAAUGUCAGUAUCAA